AUGGCACACGUACCCCAAGCUCCCCAAACCCCAGCAACCAACCCGCUAGGCAACCAGGCCUGGCGACACAUUGUCUCGCAAGAAAAUGUGCCCGAAUCCUUCGUCAACGGUUUCUGGUACCAACUCCUCCGCCACCAUUUCCCCUUCCCAGAAUUCAUAAUCUGUCCGGAAGCGCACGUGGCACGAGCGGCAGGAGGUGGCGAAACCUUACGAGCCGACCUUCUAGUGCUGCAAGUCCGGCCGGGCAGAACCGACGGAUAUCAGACACGAGUCAUCCUUGCAUUUGAGGGGAAAAAAGGUUCUCGGACAGAAAGAGCAUUCUUAAGCCACACGCCUCAGCUCUCGAACUAUACAUCCAGCUGCACACCGCUCGUAGGCAGAAAAUUCGGCGCACUGGCAUCGGGCCCGCGGUUCCUCAUUAUGGCCUGGACCCAAGCAUCUCGACAUGAUGACAUCAGGCAGAUUACACAGCAAGAAGGGCGCAUUCCCGAGUCACUGGAUCGGAUCAUGGUGCAAGAUGUCAACAUUCAGGACCAAAGGGAAGGUCUGGACAGGAUUCUGCACUACAUCCAUACGCAGGCGACAACAGCUGCUUCACGUCAAGAUCGCAACGGUUGGUCUGCGGCUACAUGGCCUUUGUAG